UCCCGGAUCGCGUACGCAUCACAGCAGGUUGCAAUUGAACCGUUUCGUGGCGGCCUUGGAAGGAAGGAUUACGCUUUUUUCAGAAACUGAAGACAACGUCGACGUCGUGUGCCGAAAUUGACAUUUGCGGUGCGGUUUGCAAAUGAACUGAUGUGUGUCAAACAUACUCCAGGGAUGUUUUUAGCUAGAACGGUGGGGGAAACGGUUCAAAUAUGAUGGUAGGCCCACGGUGAAUGGCUGAGUGUGAUUGUUGGCGCUUUUCGAAAUUAAGCUUUUUUUUAUUUUAAUGAGUAAAAAAGUGUCUUAACACAGCGGGAUAACAAUUGUUGAAGAUUUAACCCCUACAUGUGUUUUGAAACGCUGCCUCGAAAGUGAACGCCAAAAAAUGGGGUCGGAAAAAGAGUGUCCCGAGAUGGGAAAUCAGGAGAAAACGACAAACGGUUGUGGUGCAAAUGUGCUGGAGAAAAAUCUUCUGAAUCAACAAUACACAGAAUGUCACGAAGAACGGAAGUAUGAUAUUGUGUACACAAAAAGUGAUGAGAAAGGCAAAUAUGAGCCCGAGUUUCAGAAAAUGCUACCGGAUGAUAUCGAGGAAAUGUUCAAGGAUAUGCCGCUGACCAAGGACACCACCUGCGGAUUUUGGAUAUUUCGAGGAUCAUUUUUUCAGAGGUUCGCCAACAAAAAAUCCUACGUCUUCAUAUACGGCGUCGUGGGUUGCAUCUUUUCGGCCACCUACGCAUACUUCAACGGUACAAUCACUACGCUAGAGAAGCGAUACAAAAUCCCAAGUAAAAAUACCGGCAUAAUUUCGGUGGGAAACGACAUCAGUUCACUGUUCCUGUCGGCGAUUCUCAGCUAUUACGCCGGAAAGGGUAAUCGUCCCCGGUGGAUAUCCUUCGGUCUGUUUACCAUUGUGACGUUUUGCUGGUUGACGGCACUUCCGCAUCUCCUGUAUGGUCCAGGGGAAGCUGCGCUGUUUUUGACCACCGAAUUUGGAGCAACCUACGAUGAAAAUCAAACCAAAGAAGUUUUCGAAGCACAGAAGGCCAAAACUCUCUGUCGUGCUAAUGGAACGCGAGGAGCAGAAUGUGAAACCGAGGAAGGAAAUUUGGCCCCACAAGCUAUUCUGUUUGUAGCGCAAUUCAUUUCCGGAAUCGGAAGUUCUUUGUAUUAUACCUUGGGAGUUUCCUACAUGGAUGAUAACAUCAAAAAAUCGAAAACGCCUGCCCUGGUUAGUGUUUCGUAUUUCCUGAGAAUGUUGGGUCCAGCGAUGGGUUAUGCGCUGGCUUCCUACUGCUUGAAGCUGUACAUUUCUCCUUCGAUGACUCCAACCAUCACGAACAAAGAUCCUCGCUGGUUGGGAGCCUGGUGGAUUGGAUGGUUGAUUUUGGGAGCCGUUCUUGCAUUCGCUGCCAUCUUUAUGGCCAUGUUCCCCAAACAGCUUCCUCGAGCUGCCAUCAGAAAACGGAUAGCAGCCGAGAAGCAAAAACUUGGAAUGAAACUUAGCGAAGCUAAGAAGGAAGACGAACUACCGGCAUCCUUCAAGGACAUGAUCAAAACCUUCAAACGACUUGUCAAAAACAAGAUUCUUAUGUUGAACAACAUUGCAUCGGUGUUCUACUUUUUCGGAUUCAUGCCAUAUUGGAUCUUUACCCCGAAAUACAUCGAAACUCAGUACAAACAAUCGGCGUCAACGUCCAGUUUAGUGACCGGAACGGUGGCGUUAGUAUUUUCUGCCAUUGGAGUGCUGCUUUCCGGGAUUAUAAUCUCGAGAUAUAAACCACGAGCCCGGUACAUGGCCGCCUGGAACGUUCUAGUGGGAGCACUUUCUGUGAUAGGAAUGGUAGUGUAUGCAUUUCUGGGCUGUGCCGCAAGCGAAAACUCAGUGAUAGUAAAUCAUCCGUCCACAACUGACCUAACGCCGACUUGUAACUCAGCCUGUCAGUGCGAUUAUGUCAAAUACUCUCCAAUUUGUGGCGAAGAUGGAAAUACAUACAUCUCGGCUUGUCAUGCCGGGUGUAAACAGCAGUAUCAGCAUGGUGAUCUUAAGCUGUACGAUGAAUGCUCCUGUAUAUCUCCGCAAAAUUUUACCAACAGCCAAAACUUUGAACGCAUGAGGGAUCUCAACGAAACCAUGGCUAGCCAUUUCGAUAUGUCGUUUGAUGAUUCGCCCCAUCCCGGAGGACGAGCGCUUGGAGGACCCUGCCCGCUGGACUGCAAACGCGAGUUCAUAACCUUCCUGGUGGUUAUGUGUUUCCUGAAGUUUUCCGGCGCAACCGGACGGGCCAGCAACUUCCUGGUGUCGGUGCGCUGCGUCGACGAGAAGGACAAAACCGUUUCGAUGGGUUUCGGGAUGAUGAUGCUGAGUCUGAUGUCCUUCAUCCCGAGUCCGAUCUUCUUCGGACUGGUGCUGGACAAGACCUGUUUGGUUUGGGGCAAGACAUGUUCCGGCAAGGGCAACUGCUGGCUGUAUGAUGGCGAAUCGUUGAGGUAUCUCUUGAAUUUCACUGCGGCGGCAUUUGUCCUUGUGGGGACGCUCGUGGAUUGUGGAGUUUGGUAUUAUGUCAAAGAUCUGAAAAUAUUCGACGAUGAAGUUAAGGAUAAGGAAAUCACAAUUGCUGACAAGGAGGAAGAAGUAACGAAGGAUAGGCCUACGUAGCACAUUUUUGGGGCUAAUGCCAUUAUUGCUUUCACGAGUGCUCUGAGUCGUUUUACAAAAGCUUAGAUAAUAUUGUUGAAAAAAAGUUGUACCUUAAUUUAGAGAAAUAUAUUAUAGACUAAACACAA